AUGUCUGUGGCAACCUUGCAGCGGGACACUGCGUUCCAGGUCCGGUCAUUGUUUCGGUCUUUGCUCCGUCAAUCUUCUCAAUUCUCGAGCUACAACUUCCGUGAGUAUGCCCGUCGGAGAACGAGGGACGCCUUCCGUGAGCACCAGCAUGAAACCGAGGAAAGGAGGAUACAGGAGUUGAUUCAGGAUGGUCUGCAAAAUUUGCGCAUGUUGAAGCGGCAAACUGUGAUUAGUCAGUUCUAUCAGUUGGACAAAUUAGUAGUGGAAGGACAGAAGACUGGCGAGCAGACUGGACAGGAGGGCGGUAUCGUCCGCCAGAAGGAUACUGGAUCAUCGCGCUCAGGUCGUCAAUUCGGCGACAACGCUAAUCGAACCCGAACCGGCCAAAUCGAUCACGAUGUUUUUGAAGGACUCCCGGUGCGGAGAUGGACGCGCCAGCGCCAAACAAUCUCCCAAGUUCCCAAGACCGAAAUAUCGGAGUCGCUUUUUCAAGGCCCCGGAGGCAAACAGGCCCUUCCCGAGCACCCCAUGCCUAGGGACAGUCAUCUCCUGACGCCUAUGAGCAGAGCGCUUCUUCGCGCCGCUAGAGCCGGUUGUAUCUACAUUCGCAAAGCGCAAAAGGAGCCAGAAGAUGAAGAGAAAGAAGCUACCGACGUCGAGGAGCAACCGAUGAUACAGAGCACGGACCGUAGUUUUACUGCGCGCAAGUGGGCAGCCCUGCCAAGACAUCUGGAGCCGCCGGAGGUGGAAUUUCUGGCCAAGAGACGACCGGGUUUACCAUCACUGUACGGCGCUUCAACUACGGGUGUGGACGGUGCCGCGAACAAUGUUCCGAUGAGGAGGACUCGUUUCAAGAAGGUCGACCCGGUUACUGGUAAUAUUUCCAUCUACGAGGCGUGGGUGCCGGAAGGACAUAAGAUUGAAGGCGAAAUCACCGAUGAAGCUCAAGUGAGAGCCGAAAACAAGGAAGUCGCUGUUAUCCCUGAGGCACCUGCACCUGGGACGAUUGUCGAAGGCGUUGGUGUGGUCAAUGCUGAGGGUGUGGUUGUUGCAGAAGCAGGCUCCGUCUCUGUCAUGACGCCCCCGAAAAGACGCCCACCUCCUCCCAAGCGCAAGGCCAAGGGUUUUGGAAAGGGACGCAGGAAGAAGGUCAUGUUCGCACCAGGAGAUGGGGCUGAUGCUGCGCUUGUCCAUGGUGCUGGCACCAGUACGGCAGCCGGCGCGACAGAUACCGGGUUUGCUAAAGCGGACCCGGACGCGUCCCGCUUGUCAGUGGAUCAAAGCGGCCAGGAUGAAGAAGAGGAGGAGGGGGACGAGGGCGAAGAGAGUGACGAGGGCGACGAGUCGAUGUUGGACGCCAAGACGCCAGAAACCCCACUUGCACAGCCUGAGUCCGUAUCAGCGGGUGAUGCGGCGUCUAUAUCUGUCGCCGAACCUGUUCAAGAAUCUUCAACAGCUAUUAAGGAGGAAAGUGCUGAAUCCCAAUCAGUCGCUCCAGAAGGCCCAUCAACCUUGGCCAAGGAACCCUCUACACAUACGCAUGUGCAGCCAUCGGCGCCGCCCGCCACACUCCCUAGUACUCAAGUCCCAGCGUUACCGUCCGCCGAUGUGUCUGCUCCUGCCCCUCUCAUCCAGCCUGAAGCUACGCCUGUGUCCAAAGAGCCGACACAGGAAGUCGUGACCGAGGAUGUUGUUAUGCCCGAUGCGCAACCUGCAGUCUCUCCCCCAGAUGAUAGUCUGGCAACUGUACCUCAGCGACAUCCAGGACGUCUGUCUCCAGAGGUACAAGAUGUUGCUGAGGCCGCUCACGGAAGUACUGUGUCCGAAUCGCCUCAAGCAGUGCCUCAAAAUACGGAGUCGGGGCCGUCUCCACCUGUUGAGAGUGCGCAUCGAACAGAAGUUCAAGCAGAGAUCACAGAGAAGUCGGCGGAACCAAGUCAGGGUACUCCAAACGAAGCAAUGACACAGGAGGUGGCCGAGACGGGCGAUGUAAUAAUGGAGGACCCGGAAGCCGUCCCAUCAGCUCCUACGACCGAGCCGAUGUCGCUGGAAGAAACUGUUCCUGAGCAAGUUCCCAAUUCCACAGUUGAACCUCAACCGGCCGAUACUGAGGCAGAGAGUAACGAGGUUGAUCUUCUUGGUAGUUUGGAAGCUAGUCUAGGUGGUACGGUCAGCGAUGCGCAGACUGACGGACCAGCCGCAUUGCAAACUGAUCCGCAAGCGGGAGCUAUGGCUGCUGAGAGCACUGCGACAAAUCCCGCAAUGGAAGGUGGAGAAACGGUGACAGAUGAGCCUUCCCAACAGCCGUCGGAACACGUUGAAGAGCAACUUGGAAAACAGGUCCCAGAGCAAAUUAUCGAACCUGAUGCCGAGCAGAGGGCAAUCGAACAGCCCACUAGACCAUCCCUAGAACCCAGCACGAUGUCUAUGCCAGAGCAGCCUGAGCAGGAGACGACAGAGCCUACCGCAGAAACUGCGGCGAAUGAUGCCAUAGAAGAGCAUAAUCAAGAAGCUCCAGUGGCACAGCCUCCCGAACAAGUUCCCGAAGCACCGUCAGCCGUGAAUCCAGAUCCCGUUGCUCAACCCGCAGAGAUCCAGGCUACGGAAUCCGCCGCACCACAAGUGAUGGAGCCUCCAGCAGAUUCUAGCAUGGUGCCUUCUACAGAACCUUCUGCUGAAGCCUCUUCAGACCAACCAGCUGCGCCGCCGACAGACCAACAACUUCCCGUUCCAUCGCCUGAGCCACAUGCAGAACAACCGGCGCAAAGUUCGUCGGAGCAAUCGGCUCAUCCAACUGAGCCGCUUGCCCCUUCACCCACAGAGCAGGCACCUCCGCAACCCGCAGACCCCUCGCCGGAACCCACGGCACCACCAACAGAGCCUCUCACACCUCCAAGUCCAGCAUUUGAGCGAAUCGAGGAAACAGUCCAAGAGCAAUCCCAGAAUCAGGCACCCAUAACAGACGCUCAAGAAUCACAACCCGCUCCGCCCGAUGAAUCUCAAUCCCCCAAAGUUCCUUCUUCGCCUGCUGCACCAAGUGCACCAGAGGUUACAGAGCCACAAACUACGCAACCGAGCGACGCUGCUCCGUCCGACAACAACGCUGCUCCCCAGCCUAUCGCCGAGCAGGAAAAGGUAGAACCUGAAAGCAAGGAGGGUGGAGAUGGGGCACCUGCACCGUCGACCUCUGACGUUAGCGCAGCGUAG